AUGGCCAAACGUAAGGUGGACGCUGAGAACAGGGGGUUUCAAGGUAGGUGGGAGGCAGAGUACAUGUUCACGGAGGUAAAAGGCAAACCUGUGUGUCUUCUGUGUGGAGAAAGUUUGGCUGUAAUGAAAGAAUAUAAUCUUAGGAGGCACUAUCAAACAUCUAGAAACUCAGACAAAGACAAGAAUAUGGACACGGAACAAAGGCUACAGAAGGUGGAAGAAUUAAUGCGAGGCCUUAAGUCCAGGCAGGCUAUGUUCACAUAUGCCAAAUCACAAAGCGAGGCUGCUGUCAAGGCUAGCUUUAUUGUGGCAAAAGAGGUCGCAAAAUCAGCCCGGCCCUUUACAGGAGAGUUUAUCAAAAACUGUAUUCUUGAAGUUUGUGACGCAGUGUGCCCAGACAAAAGGCAACUCUUCUCAAACGUGAGCCUAAGCAAAAACACCGUUGCUGAACGUGUAGACCAGCUUUCCACCAACAUAAAAGAACAGCUUGUGAGAAAGGGAAAAGAUUUCAUCGCAUAUUCUCUUGCUGUGGAUGAGAGCACGGACACAUCUGACAUUGCCCAGCUGUCAAUUUUCGUCCGUGUAGACUCCAGCAUAAAGAAGGUUUUGGCAUUACGUCCUAUGCAUGGCACAACUACAGGACAAGAUCUGUAUGAAGAGGUAUCCAGAUGUGUAAAUGAGAUGGGGCUGCCUUGGGAAAAACUCGUGGGAUUAACCACAGACAGAGCACCCGCACUGUGUGGGCACAGGAGUGGAUUGGUGGCAAGGAUGCGUGAGAGGAUGCUGGAGGAAAACGUCACAUAUGAGUUGACAGUUUAUCUCUGCAUCAUACACCAGGAGUCGUUGUGUGGCAAAGCCUUGAAAAUGGAACAUGUAAUGAGCACCAUAACACGAGCAGUUAACUUCAUCAGAGCCAAAGGUUUAAAUCACCGCCAGUUCAAGGCAUUUCUGGGCGAGUUAGAUACAGAGUAUGGUGACUUGCCGUAUCACACAGAGGUGCGAUGGCUAAGCCAGGGAAAGGCAAAGAUUUUGCGUGAGGAGAUCUGUCUGUUCGUGGAAAGCAAGGGGAAAGACACAACAGAGCUCCGAGAUGAAACUUUCCUGUGUGAAAUGGCGUUUCUCUGCGACAUCACGAGCCAUCUGAAUGUGAUGAAUCUGCAGCUGCAGGGACGGGGACGUGUCAUCUCUGAUAUGUACAGUACAGUGAAAGCCUUUAAAACCAAGCUGAGUCUGUGGGAGACGCAGAUGCGGAAAGAAAACUUAAGCCACUUUUCCAACUGCCAGACCAUGAAAGAGAAGCUCUCUACUGCAGUGUUCCCGAGUGCACAGUUUGCUUAUAAAAUUAGCAUACUUGCCGCCGACUUCCGACGCCGAUUUGCAGACUUUGAAGCCCAAAAAAGCAGGUUUGAACUGCUCAGCAAUCCUUUUGCAGUGGAUGUAGAAAGCGCACCACCAAAUCUGCAAAUGGAGUUGAUUGAGCUCCAGUGCAAUGACACACUGAAGGCAAAAUAUGAGAGAGUGGGUGCUGAGGAGUUUGCACAUUUCAUCCCCGACACAAUGCCGCAGUUGCGCAUCCAAGCUGCUCGGACGCUCUCUAUGUUUGGCAGCACAUACCUGUGUGAACAACUGUUCUCUCUGAUGAAGCUCAACAAAACAUCACACAGGAGCCGUCUGACUGAUAAUCGCCUCCACUCAAUCCUGAGGAUUUCCUCAGCUCAGAGCCUAACCCCGAACAUUGAUGAACUUGUACAAAAGAUGAGACACCACCAAGUAUCAGGCUCAGCCUCAGACAAGUGA